CUCAACAGGAGCCAGGCCGAGCCAGGCACGUCCAGGAGCAAACCACGCACGGCAGCAGUGCUAUCAGAGGGUCGACUUGACCGACAGAGCCAUCGCCUCGGUGUGCAAGUAGUCCCUUCCGCGCGCUGAAAAGAGUCAAAGUCGAUAAAGAUUGUCACCUCGUCCAGUCCGCAUCACGGCGACCAAAGCUCGACUCCGGGCCUACGCAGGACCGGUCACUGUGCCUUCGAGACAUAGUCACAGCUCGAUUGUAAAGGUCGACGUGCUUCGAGCAGCAGAUCGCGACAUCGUUUGCGAGUGGGGAAGAUGGCCGAUAUUGCAGAGAUAGACGGCUGGAUCGCCCAUCUGAGCCAAUGCAAGCAACUGAGCGAAGCAGACAUCAAGCGACUAUGCGACAAGGCGAGGGAAGUGCUAGAUACAGAGUCCAACGUACAGCCAGUCAGGUGCCCGGUCACCGUCUGUGGAGACAUACACGGACAGUUCCACGACCUCUCCGAAUUGUUUCGGAUAGGCGGCAACUCACCGGAUACAAACUAUCUCUUCAUGGGCGACUAUGUCGACAGAGGCUACUACAGUGUCGAGACCGUCACCCUCCUCGUCGCCCUCAAGGUCAGGUAUCGCGAACGGGUCACCAUCCUCAGAGGCAACCACGAGUCGCGCCAGAUCACCCAAGUCUACGGUUUCUACGACGAAUGUCUGAGAAAGUACGGCUCAGCGAGCGUCUGGAAGUUCUUCACCGAUCUUUUCGACUUCUUACCGCUCACCGCACUCAUCGACGAUCAAAUCUUCUGCUUGCACGGUGGCCUGUCCCCGUCUAUCGACACACUAGACCACAUCCGAUCGAUCGACAGAAAGCAAGAGGUCCCUCAUGAGGGCCCCAUGUGCGACUUGCUCUGGUCAGAUCCAGACGACAGAUGCGGCUGGGGUAUCUCGCCCCGUGGCGCUGGCUAUACAUUCGGCCAGGACAUCUCGGAAGCCUUCAAUCAUAACAACGGCCUGACUCUCGUUGCUCGAGCACAUCAGCUUGUCAUGGAAGGCUUCAAUUGGUCACACGAACGCAACGUCGUCACCAUCUUCUCUGCACCAAAUUACUGCUACCGAUGCGGCAACCAGGCAGCCAUUAUGGAGAUCGACGAGCAUCUCAAAUAUACCUUCUUACAGUUCGAUCCGGCGCCGCGAGCAGAGCUGCCGCUGGUAUCUCGCAGGGUGCCUGACUAUUUCCUAUAGGCCCCUUCGCAGGAGAGAGAUGGGCAGUGACAGCUCAGCAAGUGUAGAUCGACGACAGACAAUGAAAAGAACUGCAGUUCAGUGUGCACGAUGUGACGCGACAACGUGGAUGCGUAGACUUCUUCAAUGAAAAAAAUGAGUUGGUACAACUUUUGCUAGUCAGCGAAGCCAAUCGAUCGGUCUCUUCGUGUCUCGCACCCGUCCGCUCAUGAUCGCCCGUUCGUUCGUGCUUAGUCUGGCAUAGAGAUAGAUCGCAAAGGGAAUCCGUCAAUUUUGAGGUGUAGGAUUGGUGUAUAAAAGCGACUGCUUGCAGGCUCACGAGCGGCCGGACCCACUCAGAAGAAGAGC